AUGUUUCGUAAUCAUUACUCCGAGGAGCCAGAAAUGCCCAGAACAAAGGUGGCUGGUGGCGUCCAGGGACGCCCAACACAAGAUGGCCCGAGCCGUCCAGCGCGCCAGAAGCACCGACAUGUAGUCAUCUCGAGCACAUCCAACGUGGGCCUGAGGACAGAUCGCAGCGCAAGCAGGGAUGUGCAGAACGAGCUGCUCUCCGUUUUGGCCUGCAACAGUAACGGCUGCCUACUCGACCAGAGCCAGAUAGAGGGCUACGACUUGAGCUUCCUCGGCGACAACGUGUGCGUUGACCCCGUGCCCUUCCUACAGUCCUGGAACCGCAUCCGGUGCAGCUCGGUCACGACGGCGAUCGAUCCGGGAACGGCACCCUAUGUAUGA